AGAUAUAACCCCAUUUUGGUAAAUACUCAACAUGGAGAGCAGUGUGAAAAUGUGCUAUGAGGAGUAGAAAAAUUCAAUACUGAGUAUGCACAGUACGGAUAAUGGAUCGGAUUCUGGCAGCGAGCAACCGACUAACGGAAGAGCUUCGAUGGCGUUGUCGGGUCCGACACCUGUUCCAGUUUCCACGACACCCAAUAACACUUCUACCACCGGCAUUUCCAGCAAGGAAUGCGCUGGGUGUGGAAAAAGAAUAGCCGAUAGGUUUCUGCUCAAGGCCCUUGAUCUCUUCUGGCACGAGGACUGUCUGAAAUGCGGUUGCUGCGACUGUAGGUUAGGAGAAGUUGGAUCAACUUUGUAUACGAAGGCCAACCUGAUAUUAUGUAAACGAGAUUAUUUAAGAUUAUUCGGUACAACAGGAUAUUGCGGUGCUUGCAAUAAGAUAAUUCCAGCUUUCGAGAUGGUUAUGAGAGCUAAGAGUUUCGUUUAUCACUUGGAAUGUUUUGCCUGUCAGCAAUGCAAUCAUAGGUUUUGCGUAGGUGACAGAUUCUACUUAUGUGACAAUAAAAUUCUAUGUGAAUACGACUACGAAGAAAGACUAGUGUUCGCAAAUAUGGCCUACAACCCCAGUAGUUUGGCGCAUAUCAGAAGGCAAGUCAGUAACCUACAGUCGACCGGAGACAACCUAAAGAAUAUAGCUCAAGCUAGACAUCUGACCAGCCCGUCCUGUUACAGCGAGAAGAACUUGGAUCUAGUAGGCCAACCGCAGCAGCCCAUUAACAUCCCCCCGGUGGUGACCCCCAUCCACCGUGACGACGUGAGCAGCGGAUAUGGAAGCCCCGAUUCUGGUACUUUUGAUGUCACGGCAUCCCAGCCGCCAUGACAAAGGACUAACACUAGACGAAGAAGAAGACAGACUAAAAGUGCUUUCUUAUCGUUAGACAGUGUAGUGCCGCAAGAUCUCAUACGUGCUAGUCUUAUACGUUGCCAAAUGAACUCCAUUAAUUCGAACUGUUAACAUUCGGAACAUCAUUGAGUUUCUUAUUUAUUUAUGAAAAUUGACCAGGAUGUCUCCCAGUUCUUCAUCACAUAUCUCAGCACUAGUCGAUGGAUAUAGAAAAGCUAAGCCGUUCAUUCGGCCAAUCAGAACUAUUCAUCAAUUUCCUAGUUUGCAAGACUUCCAUCGCAUCAAAGAAGUGAGGAAAACGAUUCUUUCUAAAUUGAAUUGAAGCUGCUCAUUAUUAUAUUUCGACUCCCUGAUUGAGAGAGUUUGACCGUUACUUGAUAACAAUUUGUAAUUAUCACUGUUAUGAAGAUCUUGUUUCAAUUUUUAUGUGAUCUCAACCCGAUGUAAAUAUAAAAGGAAUGUUAUGGUUAUGACGAUUUAUAUUACAGUUUCAUCAGUGAUAUAUCCGAAAUCAAAAGGUUCCAUAACUCAUGAUCUGAUCUGAUCUCUUCAAACUAGUGAAGAAUCAUGUUAAUGAAGACUCACGACUGUGUACCAUGUGAAUAUUAGAAAUUUUUUGACUUUUUAGCACUUGUGAAUAUUCUCCGUCACAUUAUUCAUGCAGUUUCUGAACCAACUCUUUCGUUUUAUCAAUUAAUUAUGUUCCUAUUUCCAGCAAAAAGCAGUGAAUUUUUUUAUAUCUGUUAUAUGAGCCAGGUACCGCAAAUUCGAAAUUUAGGAAAACUUCAGGUGACAUAAAACUAAACCACACAGCUAGAAAGCUGGAAAUUCUUUUAAUAAUGUUCACAUAGUACAGUGUCGGGACUAAUUUAUAGUUUGUCAGUAAAAUUUUCUUAAAUUAUAUCGUUAUAUGAUCAUUCGAAAACAGAUUUUCAUGUAAUAAAAAUUGAAUCUCAGCAAAACCUUGAUUUGUACAGUUAUUGAAAACUACUGGAAGUAGUUUUUGGAAAAAUAUUUUUCAGCUAUAUUAUAUUUGAUGGUCCGCGGCCUGCGGCUUCUGGUUAUAUACGCAAAUCGGGAUCUACAAUAAAAUUCAAUGUGAGUUAUUAUUCAAGGCAUUUCCUAGUAGGUAUUCCACAACUUUUGGCAAGAAACUUCACUUUGAAGUAAAAACAAAAUACCAAGAAAUACCUUCUGCUAAAUCCUAAAUAUAUUUUUCUUGACUAGCUCGAAUUUCGAGCGACUAUAAUAUUCCAUUUGGACUUGAAAUCUUGAGCUACACACUACGUUCCUGUUGAAACUGGAAGUUUUAGAGAAAAUAAUUUAGUUAAACAGAACAAGAGAGAAUAUUUAAAAAUCUAUUGAAAUAUUGUGAAAUUCAAUACAAGGAUUCAUUAUAUCAAUCGCAACAAAAUUCAUAAGUUCAUAACAUUUUUCGUGUCACUCUAUUGUUAUUGUAUCUUUUGAACAACGAAUUGAAGAAUUAAGAAUUCGAUACGUUACUUUACCUAUAUUGUAGGUAUAUUUUCUAUCCAAUUGUGUUUUUGAUCCAAAUUUGUCAGUGAUAUAAAUGUGGUUGUUGAAGAAAUGCUACACCAUCAGAAAAAUAUAUUUGUGUAUCUACAAGCUCCAUAACCGAACUUCUUUGAGAAGAUACCCUGUUCUUUCGAAUAUUUUAUCCAUUUUUUUUACAGAAUCGGAUAAAAUAUUGUAUCUACAUUCAGUAUAUUAUUGAAGAACCAAGGUAUCAUUUGAACUUAUUUGAAAACUGAAAACAAAUAACAAACAUUGUUAUUAAUCAUCAGAUGAUGAUGAAGUUCAAAUUCCUAGCUAUCUCUUAUACGAAACAAGAAUAGGGGAGUGAAUUGAAUCCUUCUUUAAAUGCGAAUGAAAAGAAACACUACUAGGGAAAUGGUUCACUUUUUUGGGGAUGAUAUUGUACAAAAUAUGUUAAACUUUCUACUAAAAAUCAUUUUUUCACUUUCUUUCACUGCAUCCUUGUAAGAGGAUUUGUAAAUAGAAAUCCUAUCCAUGUAAAAUUUGUAUAAAGAAUCAUUGGACUUCCUUCACUUGAAAAAUCUUUACUCUGUUCAUUUCAAUUGUGAUAUAUUUAUUGUAUACUGUAUAGGUCCUUUUAUAUAGUGGUGUAAAUUGUGUUACAUUAUUAUUUAUACUGGAACUAUUUUCAUAAUGCAUUUCCUAAUUCUUUGUUGAAGAUUUUUAUGUUGAUGAUUUCUAUUGAAAAAGUGUUUCUCCAGUCUAUGUAUGAUUUCAAAACACAAAUAAUGCAUUAUUGCUAAGAGUAUAGUCACUUUUCUGUUGAAAGAUCUGUUGUAUAAAAUAUUAUAAAUAUUGAAUAGAUGUUGUCUUUUGUUA